GCUUGUGGCAUUUGCUUCUUCAUAGGAAAAGUGAAAGCUUGGAAACACUGCAAUUGUUUCACAAAUUAUUUGUUAAGUAAUAUCUUCUACAGACUGAUUGGGUGGUUUAUUUUACUACUAGAGCCUAAAAUAAUUGAUGAAAACCAAAACCAGGCCGAUCUAUGAUAUGGUGUUCAGCUGAUACUGCUUUUGAUAAACGGAUUGAUUCCUUGCAUCAUGUUCUUGAAAGGUACUUGAAACUAUCAUACAAAUAACAACAGAAUCAAGGAUACAGUUAAAGUGGUCUCAAGAGUUACAACACAAGUUACUUUGUUAGAGUCAACUUACAGUGCCACACUCACCUAACUUAAUUUGGGUUUGUAUAAUCCUUUGACUUACUUGGUAUAUGGGUAUUUUAACAAGUAAAUCAUUUACUGUAGUGCUGGGCGAUUAUAUCGAUAAAAUCGAUAAUUAUCGAUAUUUGCUGGCUGUAGCGAUCAUCGAUUACCAAAAGAAAACAUCGAUAUUUCUUUACUUUUUCAAUCUUCUGCUGCCAUACUCAUUUUAAAGUGUUUUUUAGAUUUUUUGGUGGUUUUUUUGGUCUUUUUUUUCAGUUGUUUUUUUCAGUUGUUUUUUUAACUUUAAGUUAUGCCAUCCGAAGCAUGGAAAUACUUCACCAAGUUAACAUUUGAAACAGCGAUUUGCAAAGAAUGUUCGGCAUCAAUCAAGAGCUGUGGAAAUACAACAAACUUGAUGGCCCAUCUAAGAUCAAAACAUCCUAUGGUUAUUAAGGUGAAUGAAGAUAUACCGAGCAAGCAGCCCAAAAUUAAUGAUUGUAUUUCUGAAAUAAACUCAAUAAAAAGUGGUGCUAAGGCAAAAAUUAUUGAAGAUGCACUUGUAUGGUACAUAAGCAACAACUUUCAAGCAUUUAAUAUUGUUGAAGAUCUUGAAUUUAGGAGACUAUUUAAAGUGAUAAUUCCUAGUUUUUCAAUGCCAUCGAGGAAAAAAAUUUCUGGUGCGACUUUUAAAAUGUACCAAAAUAAAAAAGAACUAGUUACCACCCAUUUAAAAACCAUCAAUUAUAUCAGUAUUACUACUGAUUUAUGGACUGAUGGUUACAAUUCUAAGUCAUAUAUUGGAGUCACUGGUCAUUUUAUUGAUAAUUAUCGAUGCACAUCUUUAUGUUUGGCUGUCAAAGAUAUGGAAGUGGCACAUACAACCAACAAUAUUGUAACUAAUAUUUUGGAAAUAUUAUGUGACUUUGAAAUUCCAACUGAUAAAUUGACAACAAUUGUAACUGAUGGUGCCGCCAAUGUAACCAGUGCUACAAAACAGAUAGUUAAUGAUCCUAUUUGGUGUGUUGCUCAUCGACUUAAUUUGAUUGUUAAUAAUACAAUAAGUGAAUGCAAUGAUGCAAGUGCUCUUAUUUGCCAAGUUCGGAAUAUAGUCAAGCUUUUUAAGCAGAGCAAUAACUUUAGUGAUAUUUUGAGAAAAAUACAAAGCAGCGAUGGACAAACACCUUUAAAACUGAAGCAGGAUGUGUGUACGAGAUGGAACAGCACGUACAUAAUGCUGGAAAGAUUCAAUGCAUUAAGAAAUUUUGUAUCAAUCGCUCUUAUUAAAGUAAAUAGAGCUGACUUGGAUAUACCUUUUGGCAAUAUUGAAGUACUUUGUGAUGUUCAAAAAUUGUUGGAGCCAUUUUUUGCAGUCACUAAAGACUUAUCUGGUGAACAAUAUUGCACCGUUUCACGUGUGAUUCCAGUGCUCAACAUGCUCAAGCAUCGCGUACUUAAUCUCAAUGUACAAAGCUCAGUUGGUAAAGCUUUUCAGGGUAUACUUUGCAUGAAUCUCAAUGAAAGGUUUGGAAGUAUUGAGCAAGAUAAAAAUUUUGCUUAUGCAACCAUUCUGGACCGUCGUUUUAAACAAGUAGACUUUGCGUCUCCAGCUUGUUGUGCAAAAGCGAUAGAUGAAAUAAAUAAAAUGUUAAGACAUGUUCCUUUAACUCAAACUACUGUUGUGCCUGUUGAAUGUGAUAGUCUAUGGGAACUGCAUGAGAAGAGAGUUCAGCAAUUAUCUAAUGAUUCUGAUGGUUCAGGUUUAAACAUUGGACUUAAACAUUACUUGAAGAUGGUUAAUUUGCCUCGUGAUGCAGAUCCUUUGGAGUUUUGGCGAAAGAAUAAGGAAAACUGGCACGAAUUACACAACUUAGCCAUCAAAUAUCUUACAACGCCAGCAACCUCAGUUCCUUGUGAACGAUUGUUUUCGUGUGCCGGUAAUACAAUUACUGAUAAAAGAAAUUCUUUAAAACCAAAGAAUGUUAAUGCUCUCUGUUUUUUACAUUCCCUUCCUGAGGCUUUUCGCCAUUGAUUGUAUCGUUAAUAUUGCGUCAUUAAAUAGUGAUUAUCGAUAAAUAUCGAUUAUCGAUAAUCAUCGAUUUUUCCCAAAUAAAUUGCGUAACAAUCGAUAAUCGGAAAAUUACACAAUCGCCCAGCACUAAUUUACUGUAAAUGAUUGAAACGUUGAAUUAGUCAAAAGAUUUGAAAUGACGUAAAAUAAAAACAUCCACUGAUUGACUCAAAUGGUUGGCUCCGGUUUCAUCCAACUUUGAAUCUACAUUGCAGGGUGAGAACAAAGUUUCUAAUCAGUGUUAUGAGAAAUUAUGAGCUAAAAAGCAUCUGAAAGGCGGAUCUAAAUGUUUAGAAACCUUCUCACUUUGUCAGUGUGUACAAGUACAGCCAUUUAAUAGCCUUAAAAUGAAAUUUUGUUUCUAAUUCUGAAAUUGUGAGUUCACCUAACGCUUACCUAACCUAAAAGCUAUUUGAAGCUUCAUUAAAUAAAAUGGAACUAAAAUCUGUUUAUUUCUUUAGCGCCUAAUGGAACCAUUUACGCUAUUUACAUCUUUCAUCUUUUAGAGUAAAGUGUUAAAAUAUGGAUUCAUUAGAGACUGCUGAUCAAAUUACAAUUGUGAAUCGAUCCUCAGAACACCGUAUCAGCAAAAAUUUAAUUCGUAGAAUUCCUUAUUUCGAAAAGCUGUUGAGUUAUGAUUAUUUGGAAUCAAGAGAAAACAAAGUUGAACUGGAUUUUGAUGAAAAGGCUUUUAAGUGGCUUCUCAAUUGGAUUGAAUUCGGUGAUAUCUUCAUCGAGAUGGAUUAUGUCAUAAAUUUGAGCAACAUGGCUGACUAUUUCGGGCUAAAAGAUCAACUGGAACAAGAUUGUGCUCGUUAUUUUAGAGAAAAUUUUUCUAGCCAACAUCUUCCUUCUGUUAUACCUCAAGUGACUUCUACAACCAAAUACUUGAAUUCUGGUUAUCUCAGUGCUUUUAUAUGUCGCUACUUCCUGAAAAUAUCGAACAAAACAGUUUGGUUGGAUUAUCCUUUUGAAACAAUUGAAUACAUUUGUGCUUUGGAUCUGAUGAUUCAUUCAGAAUACCAAGUUUUCGAUGCAAUCGUGAAAUGGGUCAGUUUCAAGACUGAUUCUAGAAAGUGCCAUCUUGAGAAUUUGUUGAAGUUAGUCCGUUGGUGCAAUUUGGAAGGUAAGUAUUUAUCUAAAGUAAAAGAAAAUGAGUUGAUAGUAUCUUACACCAAAACCAGAACUUUGCUCUCAUUAUUUAUAUCAAGACUAUGCUCUCAUGACAAAACUAAUUGUAAUUGUAACAUUGACCGAACUAAACAAGGUUGUUUUGUCGUAAUUGAAGAAUUAGAUGACAAAAAUUCGAUAAUCAAAGUUCUUGACAGUAAUUUUCUGCCAUUGGUUAAUCAAGUAAUGCAAUCAGAUGAAUCGUUGCCUUUGCAUUUUUUCCAUGGUAAAUAUGCUUCUGAUAUUUCAUUUGAAUCUGGAAGGAAAAUGAUUCGCAUUGAUUGGAAGCGCAAUAAAUAUCGGUUGUACGAUUUUCAAGCUUAUAAAUUGCAUUGUCUUAAAAUGCUUAAAUGCAUUUCUGAUAAGCAACAAAGUGAGAGUUGGAUUGUGCAGACCCAAACAACCUACGCAUCAUCUGCAGCUUGUGAAAGUGCAUUUCUAGAAGUCAACGAUAAGUUCCUUGUUGUUCAUAACGAGCUAGACAACUUCAGAUUUUUAGAGAAUCCAUCUGCCUUAAAUUUUAAUUUACACGCUGGUAAUGGAGAUACUUACAUGGCAACUAUUUUGGAUGAUAGUAUUUAUAUGCUGACAAAUAAACUUGAAUUUUUCCAGUUUAACAUUGAACGUAAGCUCGAGUUUAAAAAAAUUGAAAUUCGUGGGUUUGAAGUUGAAUUCAAUUUUAAAAAUUUAUUUUUAACAUCCAAGCAAGUUAAUGAUGAUAGAGUUAUUAUUGUUGAUAAGAUCAAAAAGGGUGUCUUCUGUUUAAAUGUUAGUACUCAAAAAUGCAAAUCAAUGGGUCGAAUUAUUGAUUGUAAAAGUAAAUCAACGGAUGGUCAAAAGGAAUCUAAUGUUCUUAAAACUUUUACCUUUGGAUUUAUAUCAAUGGACUCGAGCAAACUUUACUUGAAACGUAAAUCAACAAAAUAAAAUAGUAAUCCAGAACAGAUAAGUAAGUUAAAUUGACAAAUUGAGAUGGCGUUGAAGGCCGGAGAACAUUCUGAUUGGCUCAAAUGGCUGGGCGUCAACAUUAUUUGAGCUUGUGGUUCAGUCUCAAACUCUUUUAAAAUUUCAGUUAAAUUACAAUUUACCAAGUUUAAUUUGAAAAAUUGCCUGAAUGUUAAGUUGAAAGAAGCUAACUUUUCUAGUGUUUCUUUAUUCUAAGCAAGUCGUCUGAGAUAUUCCUUUUGAUCGUGUAGCAUAAGUUUUAGCAUUUUGUUUUUCUCAAAUUAUCAAUUUUGUUUAAAUUUGUGUGUCAAAUAUGGCUUUAUCAGAUACCGAUGACCAACUAAUGAUAGUAAAUCGUUCGAUAGAAUACCUUAUUAGUAAAAAACUAAUUCGUAAAGUGCCUUAUUUUGAAAAGAUGUUGAGCCAUGAAUGUUUGGAAUCCAAAGAAAACAAGGUCGUAUUGGAUUUCAAUGAAAAAGCUUUUACAGUAAAACCUCUCAAAGGUUGUGAGAAACUGAACUACCCCAUCUAGCGGAUUUGACGUUUUACCCCGCUUUUGCAACGAGUUGCACAAACAAUAUCGCUAGGGGCAGGACCGCUCACAACCUUUGAGAGUACAACCUUUGAGAGGUUUUACUGUAAAUCGAUCCUGGAUUGGGUUAAACGCGAUUAUACUAUGAUCCUAAUCGAGAUGGAUUACGUAAUUGAUUUGUGUGAACUGGCUGAUUAUUUGGGUCUGGAUGUCAUUUCGAAAGAGUGUUCAAGAUAUUUCGAGGAUAAUUUUACAAUUGAACAUCUUCCCAUUAUUAUACCUCAAGUGACUGCAACAUCUAAAUGCAUAAGCUCUGGUGCUCUUAAUGCUUUCAUCUGCCGUAACUUCUUGAAAAUAAAAAAUUUAUACGCUGAUUCGAUCGAUAACUCAAAGAAAACUUUUUGGUUGGAAUAUCCUAUUGAAAUAAUUGAAUACAUUUGUGCUUUGGAUCUGAUGAUUUAUUCUGAAUACCAAGUAUUCGAUGCAAUCAUGAAAUGGAUUGCUUUCAAAGAUUUCUCAAGAAAGUGCCACCUCGCAGGAUUGUUAAAGCUAGUUCGAUGGUGCCAUUUGACCGAUGAAGAUUUAUCUAGAAUAAAAGAAAAUGGAUUGUUCAAAUCUUCAGGCUUUGAACCAAUAUUUUGCUAUCCGCGAAAGGUUGAUUGUGUCUGUACCUUCAAUCGAACCAAGCAAAACUUUGUUGUCAUGAUUGAUAGUUUUGAGGGGAGUUCAGAUUUGCGAAUCAAUGUACUUGACAAUAACUUGAUACAACUGUUUAGUAAAGUCAUCAAAUAUGAUGACAAAAUUACUAAAGAAAUUUUUCAUGACGAAGCUAUUUUUGAUAUAACUUACGAUGCCGGAUCUAUGAUCGGAGCAUUUCGAAUAGACUGGAAACGAAACAAAUACACGUAUGUCCAAUCUGAUCUAUCUUUUAACAUAUUGCAAAGAUGUGUCAUUAGAAACAAAGAAGAUGACCAACCUCUAUAUGUAAAUGUAGGUGCAAUGUGGGAAGCGAUUGUUAAGGAUGGAUAUUUAAUCUUAGAAGCGGCUGAAGCUUUUAUAAUGAUUACUUUUGAACGGGGCUAUUUGAAUUAUUUUUCGAGGCCGCUCAACACCGAUAGAACGCGUUGGCAUAUAUUUGAUUCCAGUGCUAUUCUUCUGUACAAUGCGAUUUACUUGUUCAAUAACUUUGCAUUAUACGAGUUCAAAAUUCAAGAUAAUGUGCUCAUGCAGACUUGGAGCCAUCGUUUGUGUUGUAAUGAAUUCAGUUUUGAAGAUACACUGUUAACAUCAAGUCCAGCUGGUGAUAAAAUUAUGGUGAUUAAUAAGUAUACAAGAAACUAUAUCUGUUUCGAUGUCAAUACUAAACAGAGUUCCACCGGUCAAAUAAUAUCUUAUUCCUCUACUCCUGAUCAAAAGGAGUCCAACGGUCUGCGUACUCUUACUCAAGCUUUUCUUCCGCUAAACGCCAUCAGAACUUGCUUAAACACCGAAUCAAACUCAGAGAAUUAGUUAGUUCGCUAACAUUUGCCAUAAACUGAGUACUUCAUGAACUUACAACAGCUUUAAAAUUAGCUUGAAUAAUUGUUUUUUCUUUGAACUAAACUUGUAAUUUAAACUUGUCAUAAAAAACAUUUAAACUCA